UGCCAGCUGAACUCCGCUGACCGUUUCCAGUAUCCACAGGACUUCCAAGAUAAACCUGGCUUCUCAUACAAUGGCGUUGAAAACAACCAAUGCUCCCCUAAUCCUUGCUCAAAGCAUGGUGUUUGUCUGCAUGGUUACGGGAACCAGUAUCACUGUGAAUGUCAUCAUGGAUGGACUGGGAAAAACUGCUCAAAUAUAGAAAUUGGAAAAAGCGCUCUGACACCCGCCAAAACCUGCCUCGAUUUAAAGAACAAGCGACCUUCUUUCCCAUCGGCCAGCUAUUGGAUUGACCCGGAUGAAGCUGACCCUAGCAACGCUUUUCUCGCUUACUGUGACAUGGAAACAGACGGAGGGGGCUGGACACUGGUCUGGGCAUACACGUUCACACUAUAUAAUAGGUUCAAAAGUGCUGCUAAUGUCGUAAUCCCAACCCCUAAAAAUUAUGUGAAUGCUUUCGGUAAUAUCUCAGAAACUGCUCCAAAAACCCCGACGGAUUUCAAUGCGCUUGACUUUUUGAAAUGGCGGCAGAUCGGCAGCGAAGUAUUCAUGAAGUCAAAUAUCAAUAAUUGGAUCGCUUGCUUACCUGAUGUUGGCAGUUUUGUAUUGCGCGUAGCCGGGUCUAUGAAAUGCCGAAUGAUCAAACAAAUUGCCUCUAUUUGCUCUGUGAUCCCUGAUAAAUUUUCUUGCAGAUACAACGGCUGUUUCAUGUCCACCAUGAACGCUCAUUUUUACUUUUACUUCGAAACCAAUCCAGCAGAUAACUGGCCUACUCACGAUCCUUGUAGUCAAAACCAACCAAACCAACUGAAAAAUGUGCAAAACCCUCACGGGAACAUCUACGUGCGCUAGGCUAGUGCAUGGUGAUAAGAAACCUUCUGCCGGUAUCUUGAAAAUAAUACGUCAUUUCCAGACAUACGUCAUAGUAGACGAGGUGAAAACUCAAAGAAAG